UAACCAAACAGUGAUUAGACUAGUACAUAUAUUUGCUGUAAUGUCUGGAACCCUCUCUUUGACAGAUCCUAGAGAUGCCAUACCAAGGGAAGGAGCUCAGCAUGCUCAUCUUUCUCCCCAAUGAUAUAGAGGACAGUUCAACAGGUCUGGAGAAGCUGGAGAAGGAGCUGACCAAUGAGAACUUUGUGAAGUGGACUAACCCAGACAUGAUGAAUGAAGUUGAGGUUCAGGUGGGCCUGCCUCGAUUCAAGAUGGAGGAGAAGUAUGACUUGAGGAAUGUACUGAUCAGCAUGGGCAUGGUCGAUGCCUUCGAUGGGAAUAGGAGUGACUUCUCAGGCAUGGCUCCAGAAAACGACCUUGUGCUGUCCAAAGUCUUU